CGUCAGAACAAGGUUGUACGCGAUAAUUUGUUAGAGUUGGAUAUCAAUUGCGCUUUAAGGAUCGAAAAUCAGAUUCGAUAAAACCACCUAGGAGUGGAAUAAAUUCUUCUUAACCAGCUGCAUUAAGUUAUUCAUCAUAGGCCUCUCAGAGACUGCCGCUAUGGAUAUGAUGGUGUCGAGCCUUCAGCAGCAGAGGGCUGUUACCGAACAGCUCCGCAGGGAAGCCAGCGUCAAAAGAAUACCGGUGUCUCAAGCAGUUGCUGAUAUUGUCAAAUAUAUAAAUGACUAUGAGCAAGAAGAUUGUUUGCUUGUUGGAUUUACUAGUCAAAAGGUGAAUCCUUUCAGAGAGAAGUCUUCCUGCAUCCUGAUUUGAUUCAAUAUGCAAUAAGUGGAAUUUUAUUAUCAUUUAUGUAUUUAUUAAUUUACCUUUAUAUAAGUAUCUCAAUGAAAUCAUAAAGCGAAACUGCCCAAAAAUUUAAAUACCACAUAAAUGUAUUAAUGGAGUUGUUGUAAUUCAAUAAAAUAUCGAUGGUUGAUGUAUUUUUGUCUGAUUAAUGUGAAGGUAUUUCAUGUUUUAUAUUAAC